CCAUCACCCGCCCUGCAGUUCUCCACGGUACAUAUCUCUCUUUCACCUCUCGGCCGGUGCCCUGGACUUCAUUCGCUUCUGGGCUGGUUUUUAAAUCGCUUGACUGUUAUAAUAGCUCUUCUCCCCACCCCCCCCAUGACAACCUUUAUGCGCUGUGUUUAGAUCUCCGCUUCUCCGGCGCUUUGACGAUUGGAUUGGUCACAUUAGGAGCGCAGGACGCUUGCAUUGUAUACAUCUGCAAGGCUCUGGAGGGCUAAGUGAGGAUCAGUGAUACAGCUGCCCAUGAAAAUGGCUAGUCCUGUGGCAGGCGAAUACCCUCAGCCGGUUUCCCCUCCUCCGGUUUACCUUCGAUCUUCCCCGCCCCCUCCCCCUGCUCACCGUGAGUUUACCUCUCCAACUACCUCCAAGCGACCAUUGAGCAUUAGCAUUUCGCGGAAACCACUCCCGGCUGCUCCUGGAAACCGGGAAUCCUUCGCCCCUUUCGUGAGGGUUGACGGGGAUGGAGAGCAAGUGCCGAAUGCCGCAGUUGACAACGAUUACGCUAUACCACCUAUACCCACCUCUGCGUUCACUCACAUGUCAAUUGAAGAUCGACCGCAUACGCAGGCAAGAAGUUCAAGUGGUCAAUUCCCGCCACGACGAGAUUCAUAUGCGGCCACACGCGUUACUGGAGCACCCAUUCGGCAUACGCCUACCAGCAGCGGCUCUUGGUCGGUCGUAGAUGCCCAGAUAAAGGAUGAGCCGAACAGUCUGGCAAAAACAAGCGGUUCGUCAUUGGAUCAAGGCGCGCCAAGUGGUAGUCGGAACAGCUCAUCGCGCGGUAGUUUGGAUAGUGUGGAUCAUGAACCAGAGACCUAUGAGCCUUUACACUACCAUCACCGCCCAUAUCAGAGCGUCGGGGCUGCUCCCGCGGCCGCGGCAGGAUUGGCGGAGAAUUCCGUCAGCACAACUGGUCAUCUCGCUGUGGGCAAGCCUCGCAGACCGCAUUCCGCGUACUCUUUCGGGUCGGACCUCGACGGACGGAACGGGUCUCCUCAUGCAUCUCCGUAUCUCCACGCGCGUUCGUCGUCCAGUGCAUCACCCGAUGUUCGACCACUAUCCUUCGUCGAUCUCCUCAAUACACCGUACCCUCAACCGGGCCCUGCGCCGGUGCAACUUGGUAAUGCACACCUACGCUCAUCUGUCGGGAACAAUGCAUCCUUGCUCAGCCACAAGCAAACAUUUGAGAUGUACCUUGCCAAUGUCAAAAAGACGGAUAACCCAGCGAUUCAAUAUGAAUUCGCUGUGUUCAUGGUCAAUGCCAUGUUGGACAUGCCGGAUGACGCGCUGGAGGGGGGUGUGGCGGCCGUCUAUGGCCGAAAAGAGCCGGAAAUCAGUCGAUCAAGUCUGCUCAAAGAAGCCAAGUCAAUCCUGCAGCGCUUGUCCGAUCGCAGCUAUCCAUUUGCACAAUAUUACUUAGCCGACGGUUAUGCAUCGGGACUGUUCAGCAAAGGCAAGGAGGACUACGAUCGGGCAUUUCCCCUGUUUGUAGCGGCUAGCAAGCACGGGCAUGUCGAAGCCUGUUACCGUACGGCGCUCUGCUACGAAUUUGGCUGGGGAACCAGGGUUGAAGCGGCGAAAGCCCAACAGUUCUAUCGUCAAGCCGCGUCAAAAAACCAUCCAGGCGCCAUGAUGCGUAUGGCAAAAGCUUGCCUGGCGGGCGAUAUGGGUCUCGGCAAGCGGUAUCGAGAAGGCAUCAAGUGGAUGAAACGUGCCGCUGAAUCCGCCGACUCACAAUACAAUUCUGCCCCUUAUGAACUGGGUUUGCUGCACGAAAAGGGAUACGGUGACGAUGUUUUCCCGGAUCCUUCUUAUGCAGCGCAGCUCUUUACUAAGUCGGCAGAUUUGGGGCAUGUCGAGGCAAGCUAUCGCCUUGGGGAUGCUUAUGAGCAUGGCAAACUAAGUUGUCCUCGAGAUCCCGCCCUGAGCAUUCACUUCUAUACCGGAGCUGCACAGGCAGGUCAUCCAUUGGCAAUGAUGGCUCUCUGUGCAUGGUAUUUGGUUGGCGCUGAGCCUGUGCUUGAGAAAGAUGAGAGCGAGGCGUACGAAUGGGCUAAGCGAGCAGCAGAAACUGGGCUGGCGAAAGCACAGUAUGCAGUGGGAUAUUUCACCGAAAUGGGUAUUGGCUGUCGUCGAGACAUUCUGGCAGCCAACGUCUGGUACGUACAAGCGGCUGACCAGGGCGAUGCUCGAGCGACGCAGCGAAUUGCAGCCAUCCGAGCUGCUUCAGAUGGUGUGGAUCCAGUACAAGCUGCCAUCAAUAGCCGUGGACAAAAUACAAAGAAGGAAGGCGGAAAGACAAAACGAUUUGGCAUUUUUUGAGACCCGUUACGAACCAACUUACAUUGAGCUCUGCAUUUGCAUAUCGAGCGACACCUACUGAAAUAAUACAUAAUGGCAGCGACACACGUGCGACAGUGCUUUUUAUGAUUCUCACCGAAUUUUGCAUAUUCUCCAUGAGUUUGGGCAUUGGUUUAUCCCCGUAUAUAGCUCCGUCCGACUGUUCUGGGAAUGACUUAUGUUUUUGUACGCGAUGGCGUUCCAUUCCAUGUUACAUGUUUUUGGUCGUUUGAGAAGUUCUUUUCAAUACAUUAUGAGACAUCAGAACAUAUGGGGGGUCCUGGAUUUACUCUAGAGUCGUUCUGACGCAUAUUUCGUACUGCUUGAUUUGCACAUUGUGUCAUUUAUUCGAAGGCGUAUUGGAUCCAUUCAAAACACUAAUGAAUCGGUUCAGUUUUUUCCUACGGAUUUAUCUUUCUACUACUUCUUCAUCGUCUUGUUGAGCUACAUAUACACGGCGCGUUGAUAUGAAUGCGGUCGAAAAUUGAGCGUGUCGAGAGUUGGUGACGUCAUCCACCGCAGCAUUCCGAAUUCGUCAUACGCAAAAUCUAGACGCG